UCGCAAGAGCGGCUGGAGGCUUUACUGCAGUGAGCAGAGUCAUCCUGAGCGAAUCCACUCUAACCCCUUUAGAGAAAAAACCCCAAGCAGGUAACAAUGGCAUUCGCUGGUAUUCUGAACGAGGCUGACAUCACUGCAGCCCUCGCGGCUUGCCAAGCUGCCGACUCUUUCAAGCACACAGACUUCUUUGCCAAGGUCGGCCUGGCUAGCAAGUCCGCAGAUGACAUCAAGAAGGCCUUCGCUGUCAUUGACCAGGACAAGAGUGGCUUCAUUGAGGAGGAUGAGCUGAAGCUGUUCCUGCAGAACUUCUCUGCCUCUGCCAGAGCUCUGACCGACGCUGAGACCAAGACGUUCCUCAAGGCCGGUGACUCUGACGGUGACGGCAAGAUCGGAGUUGAUGAGUUCACUGCCAUGAUGAAGGCUUAAAUGAAUAAGCUGACCAACAUCUUACUUCACAACUCUAAAGGAACAACUUGAGACACCUCUUCGUCUCCUCUUCCCUCUCACUUUUCUCUCUCUUCAACCCCACACCACUUUUAUACACUUGACCUCCCACGCAGCCGACCCCACCCCCACGACCCCCCUACUCCGCGACCGCAAACAAACUGACCCCUCUUUCUGACUGUGCUCACCCCUUUGCUGUCCACGAUGAAUGUACCUGACUAAGUGUAUGGCGUGGUUGACUUGUGUCUUUCUCUCUCUCUCUCUCUCUCUCUCUCACUUCUGUCGUCGUUACUAUGUGAGUUUUGCUUACUGUGAGAUCAAAUGAUGCACUUUUAUGGGAAACGGACGGACGAUGAGACAACAAUAAAGGUUCUUUUUCAA